AUCCAAGUGUUUCAAUUCAAUUCAAACUUAUUUUGCAGUCAGUAGAGGAAGUUGUAGCUGGCCUUAAGGUAACUACUAACUACAGAGUACUUGUUUUCGAAAUACCAAGUUAUAUUACUACUUACUUCCUCCGUCUCUUAUUACUCGCACCGUUUUGACUGAACACGUUUGUCAAUGCACAACUUUGACCACCAAUAUCUUUAACUAUAUAUUAUAAAAAUUUAUAAAAUUAUUAAUAUUUUGAAAAUAUAUAUGAAAAUGAAUCCAACAAUAUAUUAUAUACCAAUAUUUAUUUUCAUAUACUAAAAAUAAUAGGGUCAAAGUGAUUUAUGUGUAUAAAAAGUCAAAACGGUUCGAGUAUUAAGGGACAGAGGGAUUACUAUAUAUGAUGUUUAACAAUGUUAAUUUACAACAACUUCUCCGUAAUAAAUAAAGAUGCAUGAUUACAUUACCUCAUUUAUAAUUGUUUUCCAAAUUCUAUUUCCGUUCCUAUAUUUAUAAUUUAUAAUUUAUAAUUUAUAAUACAAGUACGUAGUAUAUAACAUCAAAAUACUAUACUAACCCUUUACGUACCCUUGCUAUCAUCGUCAUCAUCAUCGUCAUAUAUUGGGGUGGGAAAGAAAAAGAAAACAGAUGCAGCUGAUGACGUAGCUUCUACUGGGUUUGAGGUAGCCAAUUAACUUUUUAUUCUUGAAUUUCUUGGCACCUAAAUAUAUGUCUACUUUUUGUUACAUCCUUAUUCUUGAUUACAGAGUUGUAGGAACAUAUAGAUGCAUAAAGCGGAAUUUCAAGAAACAAUUUCCUAACAUCUAUCACAGGAUCACAUGCAUAACAAUAAUAUAGAUCAGAUUAAGUCGAAAGAAUAAUCACCUUUGUAGCGUGUUCUCCCGUUCGUAUGCAAGCUUCAAAGAUCUUAGAGCCCCACUUGUUGCUCCUCUACUUAGUCCACAAGCACCAAUUGAAUUCCACGUAUGCUAGUACGAGCAUACGGAAGAGAACGAUCACGAUCAAUCUCUUGCUUUGUUUGGGAAGAACGAUGUUUCAGAGAAAUAGAAUUAGGGUUUUGUGUUUUCCUUUUUGUCAGAUAUUGAAUGAACGUGAUUUCUGAAUCCCUGACAUUAUAACUAUUAUAAUGUGAGAGUUUUAGGUUAACACAAAACCUUGUAGGUCCAAUCAAUAUUAUCCUACUAAUCACAUUUAUUCUCUAGCAAGCAAAUAUGAUUACUAAAAUAAUUAACUUAUUAUCUUCAUAAUUAAUUCCUAUUUGUAUUUAGUAAUUGCCGAAAAUGUCUAAGGACAUAAUUCCUUCAAGAGUGUAGAACAACUUCUUGAUGCAGAAGAAGAAGACGAUGAGGUUAAAGUUUAAUUAUAUUUGGAUGAUUUAUGUUUCAAUUUCAUUAAAUUUGAGAAUGCAGGAGGAAGCUGGAGAAAUAGGUAAAGUUAGUGAAGAGGGACAGCACGUGAGCUAUGGAUAUCAUAUGGUCCGUGGUAAAAUGGGACAUGGGAUGGAAGACUAUGUUUUUGCUGAGAAUAGAAAUAUUGGCGGCAAUGAUUUAGGCUUAUAUGCAAUUUUUGAUGGCCAUGCUGGUCGUCAUGCUGCUCAAUAUUUACAACAUCAUCUCUUCAAUAACAUUUUGAAUCAAGCUGAUUUCUGGGAAGAUCCUGAAGCAGCUAUCAAGAGAGCAUACAAAGAAACAGAUGAAGAGAUUUUAGAGAAAGUGGUAAGUUCAAGAGGUGGAUCUACAGCAGUUACUGCUAUCGUGAUCAACAGGAAGAAACUCAUUGUUGCAAAUGUUGGUGACUCGCGUGGGAUAUUAUGCAAAAAACGAGUUAUAGAACAGAUUACAGUUGAUGAUGAACCAGACAAGGAAAAAGAAAAAGAGCUUGUGGAAGAAAGGGGUGGUUUCAUAUCCCAAAGACCAGGGAAUGUUCCUCGUGUGGAUGGUGUGCUGGCAAUGACAAGGGCAUUUGGUGAUGGAAGACUCAAACAACAUAUUUCUUGUGAGCCUCAUGUAAGGAUCCAGACUGUGGGUGCAGAUGCUAAGUUUAUUGUACUUGCAAGUGAUGGAAUCUGGAAAGUUAUGUCAAAUGAAGAGGUUUGUGAUUGUAUCAGAGAACUCGAUGAUCCCCAAGGAGCAGCAGAGCAGCUGGUGAAAGAGGCGUUACAAAGAAGAUGCCCUGAUGAUAUAUCAUGUGUUGUUGUUAUGUUCCAUGAUUGAUUUUCAUUUUACACCAACCAUUAGCCUACUUUUCUUUCUCUUUUUCUACGGAUUUUUCAUGAAAUACCCCUCAAUUUUCACGAAAUUCACCAAAUGCCCCUCACAAAUGACCUAAUACCCUAACUACUCUUACACUUAACGGACGUUAAGUCUCCGUUAGCACGACUUUACUAAUUUGCCCUUAUUUUGCUUUUGGGAGCCUUAACCUUUCCCUACCACUGCUGACUGCUACUCUCUUAAUUAAGUGCAUCCUCAACUGCUCCUCUCUCUCUCCCCCUUGUUCUUCCUCAUUCAUCAACCUUAUCUGCAUCCAUUAAUCACCGGAAAACACCCAAAAACUUCUGAAUAUUUUUGAUAAAUUCGGCAGUCCGGUCUUCAAUUAUUCCUCAAAGCAAAAUCAAUUCAUUUGAAACCCAAAUCCAACAACAAACUUCUGUAAAACCCAUCUUUAAUCCCCCUAUUUGCUUCAGAAAUUAUUUUAUGAUUCAUGGCGAUUUUCUUGGGGGUUUCAGGAAUUGCGGUUGGAGGCUCAGAAAUGGGUUUAGGGGUGACAAGAGGAGUGAGGAAGACGGUGUAUGGGCCGAUCUUACCUAUCGACGGUGGCGGAUGCGGUGGAUUUGUUGGGUCUUUAGUGUUGGCCAUUUCCCGGUCUUACCUAUUCACAAUGGUGAGAUGGUGGUCGAUCUUACAAUUGCUGAAUCCCAAUUUUUACUUCUUAUUUCACAAAUCUGAACAACAUUUGAACUAGGAGCAUGUAAAUUAAGACCUUCCCAUUUUUUGGCUUUUGGUUCCUUGCACAACUCGAGGAAACUAUGGAUAAAUAGGAUUGAAUCUACAGGUGUACUUUAAUUUGCAACGGAAAGAUUUUAGUUGUGUAUUUAGUUUUAGGAGCAUAAAUGAAUUUUUAUUUAGUCUGUAGGUACUUUGAUCAAGAUCCUGACUCAUGGGUCUUGACAAUUUUUUUUUAUUUAAUAAUUUGUUCCUUUUAUUCCAUUAAUCAAAGUCACACUAGCAUU